UAUUAAUUGAUAAUAAGCCAAAUAAACAGUUUGUGUAUCAGUUUAUUGCUGGGUAUAUAUCGUUAUAGCCUUUCAAAUCACUUCAAACUGACUCCGAUUAAACUUUUUCUCCACUUUAUAUACCCUUAUCUGCAAAACAAAUUGUGUUAUGAAAUAGAUUUUUCCAAUCAAUUGACACAACGAGUGGUCUAUUAUUGUUUUUUUUAAUUUGUGGUCAAUUAUGAAAAUAAUUUUGUUAAUAUGCUUAUGGAUUGCUGGCUAUGGCUAUGGAAUGCAAGCCGGAGCGGAGGGCACGCUAUGGCCGUAUCCACAAGAGGUCAAAAUCGGCGAAACCUUCUUCACAAUUACCAAACAAUUUAAUUUCACUCUCAAAACGGCCGGAAAGUGCGAUCUGUUGGACAAAGCGAUCGCCAGAUAUCGCAAACUGUUUUUCCUCGAAGACUGCUCUUUGGUCAGCGAAUCGGCGACCGAAACACUAUUUGACGGACAAUUAAAUGUGCGCCAAAAUGGGUUAUAUUUGGGCCAAAUCGCGAACAUAACGCUAUCGGUUCACGAAAAGUGCGAAACAGUGCCGCACAUGAAUAUGAAUGAAAUGUAUUCAAUCAAUAUUAACCAACAGAUCCAAGACAUAUACGCCGAGACGGUGUGGGGCGCCAUCCGAGCGCUCGACACACUCUCGCAACUGAUCCGAAAUGUGGGCCAAAAUCAGUUCGCGAUCAACGAGACAGCGAUACUAGACUUCCCCCGAUUCGCGCACAGAGGGCUUAUGCUCGACACCAGCAGACACUACGUCCCCAUCAAAGAGUUGCUCCAGAAUCUGGACGCCAUGGCCUACAAUAAGUUGAAUGUCUUUCACUGGCAUAUCGUCGACGACCAGUCCUUUCCUUACGUCAGCUCAAUAUACCCGGAGCUCAGCGUUAAGGGAGCCUUCAAUGCGAAGACACACAUCUUUACGGAGCAACAGAUCCAAGAGGUGAUCGCUUACGGCGCCGAACGCGGUAUAAGGGUUUUGGUGGAGUUUGACUCACCCGGACAUACACUGUCGUGGGGUAAGGGAUACCCAGACCUCUUGACCCCCUGUUACUCGAGUGGCAAACCCGACGGCACGUACGGACCGAUCGAUCCGUCGAAGAACUCGUCGUAUAAAUUCAUCGAAACCCUAUUCAAAGAAGUCGGUCACAGAUUUCCCGAUCAAUACAUGCAUUUGGGCGGCGAUGAGGUGGCGCUCGACUGUUGGCAACACAACCCAAACAUCCAGUCCUUUAUGAAGGCCAACAAUUUCACUACAAUUCCACAACUGUUCCAGUAUUACAUCGAAAACCUCUUAAACAUCGUCAGGAGUUUAGACAAGAGUUAUAUCGUGUGGCAGGAAGUGCUGGACGAAGGGGUUGUACCCAAGUCUGACACUAUUGUGCACAUAUGGAAGGAUGGAUGGGAGGGGGAAAUGCUGAACGUGACCAAACGGGGUUUCCAAACCAUAUUAUCAUCAUGUUGGUAUUUAAAUUACAUUAAUUACGGCACUGAUUGGCCCAAAUACUAUGCUUGCGAUCCGCAUAACUUUGGCGGUACUGAACAGCAAAACAAAUUGGUUAUCGGAGGCGAGGCCUGUAUGUGGGGUACG